AUGUAUUUGUUGACUAUUGAUGCCUACUCUCGUUGGCCUGAGGUUAUGGAGAUGAGUCGAAUUGAUUCUAAAUCUACGAUUUCGAAAUUGCGUGAAAUUUUUGCCAGGUUUGGUAUUCCGAAGGUUAUUUUUUCUGAUAAUGGAAAACAGUUCACUUCGGAAGAAUUUCAAACUUUUUGCAAAAUUAAUGGUAUUAUUCACAGAACUUCAGCUCCUUAUCAUCCUUCGACCAAUGGUUUAGCAGAGAAUGCAGUCGGAAGUUUCAAGAGGGGAAUUUCGAAGGCUAUUUUCGAAAAGGAUGUUUCAGCGAUGGAUUUACACACCUGUAUUUCGAGAUACCUUUUUUAUUAUCGAAAUGCACCUCAUUGUUCUACUGGGGAAUCGCCAGCGAAGAGAUUUCUAGGCAGAGAACUCCGAAAUCGGCUCGAUUUGUUAAGAGCUAGAAAAACGGAAUCUUCAUCGGAGAAACAAGUUCAAUUUUUUAAGGGACACCGAGAUGUUUCAUUUUCCGAGGGAGAAAAGGUUCUUAUUCGAAAUUAUAAGAAUCCAUUAAAGCCUACUUGGUCUCCAGCUGUUAUUCAGAGGGUUUUAGGAGAAAGGACAUAUAUUUGCAACCCUGAUCCUUCAGACCCAGAUUUCAAGGUCAAGAGACACACCGAUCAGAUUAUUAGUUCUGGUACUCGGGAGUCUAGAAAGUCCAUUUUGCAGGUUCCUGUGGAAACUCAGCGUGAUAGUGCGGAAAUUUCGAGUGAUUCUUUACUCGAGCCUUUACCAAGUGAAAUUGUUUCAUCGAGUGAAAACAAGGACUUUAAUUCUUUGAAUGGUAAAACCGCGAGUGAUGGACUUUUGACAUCGAAUGAAAAACAAAAACUUUAUUCGCCGGUCAGUGUAAAUGAAAGACGUUCAGUGAACUUUAAAAAUAAAGUUUCUUCGCCAUUGAUUAACAGUCGACCAAAGAGAUUUAUUAAACCUGUUAAUCGAUUGAAUUUAUGA